GCACAGACACUAACCUUGCAGUCGAUCAAAAUACCCAGGUGUCAAUAGACAAUAACAGUCAAAUACCACGGGGUUGGUAUGUGUAACCCUGACAGAGAGACACCUUCUCAGCCAGGACGGGGAAGACGAGGGAGCUGGAAAUACAAAUCAGGGGAGAGAAUGGUAUGGUGUUUCCAGUAUGUUGUCCUCCUGUCGCUGGGAAUAAGUUCUGUCAAAGCAGGUAUAAAUGACAGCAACGGGGAAACAACAGGACUCACAGGGGAGCAGUUGUUCGCCGUCAUGCUGGGUGGAGUGUUGGGUGUGGUCGUGAUAUUUGGAUGUGUGUAUUACUUGUAUACACGUGACCAUAGUAUAUACGACUGUGGAUCCUACGACAUCAUCAAACGCUGCUGUACAAAAUGUAAACACAAACCUGAAACGAGUAAUUUGCCAAAAUAGUUGACGCAAAGAAAAUCAUUUACUGGAGAAAUAAUUAUAAAAGCAUAUUUUUUCAUUGAAAGUGUUAUUUCCACUGAUCGCUACUGUACUUUAUCAUCGAAAGUGUUAUUUCCACUGUUCGCUACUGUAUUUUAUCAUCGAAAGUGUUAUUUCCACUGAUCGCUACUGUACUUUAUCAUCGAAAGUGUUAUUUCCAUUGAUCGCUACUGUAUUUCAUCAUCGAAAGUGUUAUUUCCACCGUUCGCUACUGUAUUUUAUCAUCGAAAGUGUUAUUUCCACUAUUCGCUACUGUAUUUUAUCAUCGAAAGUGUUAUUUCCACUGUUCGCUACUGUAUUUUAUCAUCGAAAACUUGACAGUUAGUGUUCUGAUGACUCCACCAUUCGGCAGUGGUAAUGCUUUACCGUGACGCUUGCUUUUCCAUCACAUGUGAAUUCCCCACACCGGUAGAUAGUUUCUGCCCUCAUGCUGUAUCUAGGAUUAUAUGUACGAACCGUUCGUAUCCUAUAUACAUAUCACCGAGAAAGGUAUCAUCUCUAUAGGAACCACGGAACCAAAUUAUUUCCCACCACUGUACUGCUUAAAUGGAGUUUUCAACGCUGGUCUACUAGGCAUAAUUUUGAAGAAUGUCAUCUCGGAAAC